GGCAAAACAUAAAUAUAAACAAAAUCAUUUCUCUUCGUCUUCUUCUUCCUCUCAAGAAUCAAAACCGAAACAGAAGAAACAUCACCAGCAAUGGGAUGUUUUAUGGGCUGUUUCGGUCUCUCAUCCAACAAAAAACGCAGAAAUUCCACCAGAAAAAUCCUGCCUCGAGAUCAAAGAAACUGUAGCUAUGAGCCUCUACUUUCUUCAGAUCCGGCAGAUCUCAGUACUAUUGUAGAUCACCCUGAAAGGAUCUCGAAUUCGAACCUCAGGUGUAAGGUAGAGGAGGAGGAGGAGAAGAAAGGGACAAAGAAGACGAGGAAGAGAGUCAGAUUUAACUUGAAUGUACAAACCUAUGAACCAACUCUACCAUCAAGAUAUGAGAACUAUUGCAGUGAAGAAGAAGAGGGAAAAGGAGAAAUAAGCAAAGAAUCUUCAGUUAUCGUUAAGAAACCAGAGGAUCUGAGCAGUAGAUCUGUGUAUCCUUCAAACUAUAGAUACCACAACUGCAUGGAUAGUUUCGAAGAUGAAGAUGAAUUGGGUUAUGGAGAGAGUGAUUUGGAGGACGAAGACUAUUACACAGAUGAUGAAAACGACUAUGAAGAUGAUGCUGAUGAUGAAGAUGAAGAAGAAGAUGAGGACCAGGACGUGACUCCCCUUUUGAAUCCAGUGGAGAAUAUUGUGCAGUGGAAAGCGGUUAAAGCAAAGCCAGUGAAAGUUAAAAAGCUAAUGAAGGAGAAUGUUGAAGUGGACACUGAUGAUCAAGCAAAACCCCUACUCAAGGAGAUAAUCGUCAAUACUAGCCUUUCCAGUUGGGUGGCCUCACCAAAGAGUUUUCAUGGGAAUGGUUCGUCGAUGAGAUUCCCAAUUGUGGAUAUCACUAACAUGGAGAACAGGUAAAAGGUUUCACAGUGAUUCACAAUAGUGAAGAAGAAGGGGAGACAAAAAAAAAAACAGUGUGUUUUGUUGUUUGUUUUUUGUAGCAUUUCUCAUUCUUUGUGUGUGUAAGGAUCGGUUUAUUUAUCCCACUGGUUGUUUCUGCAACAAAUUCUUGAUAAAGUUGUGAUCUUUCAACGUUUUUGCG